UGUGCGUUUUUCUCUCGAUCAACAUUGGCCUUGUGUUUCUCGCCAAAGAAAAGUGCCUCUUCCGUUUAUACUUGCAAACUUCAAAUAAACGAAGGACACGUUAACAGUGCUGUAAGCUAAAAACGCACAACAAUUGCAAGGCUUUUUUUUAAAAAAACUUCUACUUCUAGUGUGACCGUUCUAGGAAGAAGAUCCACAAAAUGUCAUCAAUUCUUGUAAAAGCGUAUUUGCACCCCGACACUCAAAAGCAAGAGAUUCGAAGAAUUCAUGUUGACGAGCUAACCACCAAGAAGUAUUGUGACUUUGUCCCCAAAGUCACGGCGGCUUUUCCCGAAUUGAAGGAAGCAGAAAAUGUUAAACUAUUUUGGAAAGAUCAGGAAAACGAUUUAAUAUGCCUAUCAACUGACUCAGAGCUUUCUGAGGCCAUGAGCCAUCAAUCCUCCGAAGACACAGUGCGAGUGUUCUUGAAGACUGCAGACACUCCAGCUCCUGAACAAUGCAUAUCCCCUGAGGAAUGGUGGAAAAACCUUCAUACCUAUAUAGGAGAGUAUCAGCCUUUUGCAAGAGGCCGGUUUGGUCGUCAUAAGGGAGGUGGUAUGAGACAUGGAGGGCGCUGCCAAUGUCAACAAGACCAAGAUGACUAAUAAACACUUUAAAUCAUCAUAACAUUUAAAUAAUACAUAAUACUACUGUUACAUAUAUCUGGCUGUAAAUAUAGCCUGUAGCCUAUAUUUAUUUUUUUGUAAAAAUAAGAUUAUAAGAUUAAGAUUAUUUGAAGAUUAAUAAGAUCAUUUUGUUUAAUAUGACCAGAAUAUCAAAAAAGGAUGACUUUCUUAGCAUCUUUGUAUGAACUAGUAUAAACAAAUUUCCUUGGUAUGAAAUAAAAGAAGCAUUAAUAGGAA